ACAACAGCAGCAGCAGCAGCAACUAUUGAGCGACACAUCAACAGUGGUACAGCCUUUACCAGAUGAAACAUCUCUGCAGCCAGCUAUAACGAAACAAUCAAUGCCACAACCAUUCACAUCGGAACCAAUGGCACAAACAUCAGUUCAGCAGACAACAACCGAGCUACAAACAGCACAACAACCAUUAUCACAGACAACCGCAACGGCUAUGUCAAAAGCAGAAGUACCUGUAACAACGGUAGCAGCAGCGACAGCAGCAGCUUCAUCAUUUAUACCAGCGAAUGCAGUAACAACUGCACAAGCAAUGCUUUUCAACCCUUCUACGUCUGUUAUAACUGCUCCACCACCGCAACCUGCUACAACAUUUGAAGAAAUCCAAAAACAAUUAAAAGCUACACUAGACCAUAUCGAACAGCGAAAUAUGGUAAGCGGAUUUCAAACACUGAGUAAAGCAACAGGUGCAGUUGUUGAUAGCUGUGAACAUUUAGGUCUAACCUCUGAUGACCAUCCGUAUAAUGCCAUUGACCGUGAACAAUUUUGGGCUGGACUUAAUAAUUGUUGGUUAUAUGCACUUGCUCAAAGACAAGAACCAAGUUGUGAUGCAGAAAGACUUACUGACCAACAUUUGUAUAAUCUCAGAGAAAUGGUCGUCGCUUGGGCAGAUAAGUUGGAGCGUUACGGCCUCGUUGAUUAUGAGAUGGGAUGGUGGGAAGCUGACAUCCUCUCUGCUAUAGACGGUAUCUUAGCAAUGAAUUAUGCUGCUGCCCAGGCGGCUGCUCAAGCAGUGGUGGCGCAAGCAGCAGCAGCAUUAUUUGGAGAUGAUGUCAAUAUGUAAAAUAGGAUUAGAAAGCCUUUUGAAAAAUUAGAUCGCUAGCAAUAAUCUUUACCAUCGAUUAGAAGCAAGCAGCAUUUGUAAAUACACUUUUAUAUCAAACUAAAAUUUUAUCUAUCUAUCUAUUAUUAUUACUCAUGGAAUUCAAGUACUUGUAAAAUAAUGAAUAAAGCAAUAGCUGUGCC